AUGAACUCAAUCGCAAGCCAGUUCACGCACAGUAACGCCAAUACUCUCCAUAGCGAGUUUCAAGGCGCCACUGAACGUUUGGCCAAACAAGAACAUACUAGCUUAGCCCCAGAAAUACAAUUGCCUCCCAUUUCCAAGCCCACAGAAUUCCUCAGAGCACAUACUGACGAUGCGUCAAAUCCAGAUUGCAAAAUCAAAAUUGCCCAUGGUACCACGACAUUGGCCUUCAGAUUCCAAGGAGGUAUAGUUGUGGCAGUUGAUUCGAGAGCCACCGCUGGUAACUGGGUGGCCUCGCAAACUGUUAACAAGGUCAUCAGGAUCAAUCCAUUCUUGUUGGGCACAAUGGCUGGUGGUGCUGCUGACUGUCAGUACUGGGAGACAUGGUUGGGUACUCAGUGUAGACUACACGAGUUGCGUGAAAAGGAGCGCAUAUCGGUGGCUGCUGCGUCGAAGAUCUUGGGUAACUUGGUCUACCAGUACAAGGGUAUGGGCUUGUCCAUGGGUACGAUGGUCUGUGGGUACACGAAGAAAGAAGGGCCCACCAUCUUUUAUGUGGACUCUGACGGCACUAGGUUGAAGGGAGACUUGUUCUGUGUUGGUUCGGGUCAGACGUUUGCCUACGGUGUGUUGGACUCCGAGUACAAGUGGGACUUGAGCGUGGAAGAGGCCUUGUAUUUGGGCAAGAGAAGUAUUUUAGCAGCCACUCACAGAGAUGCCUACUCUGGUGGUUCGAUCAACUUGUAUCACGUUACGGAGAACGGAUGGGUGUAUCAUGGCAACCACAAUGUCGGAGACAUUUUCUACGAUAUCAAGGAACAGGAGAAAUCGUUCAACAACGUUGACGGAUGA